AUGUUUGGUGGUGGAAGUAGCGGUCCGGUGGACACCGCCCUCUACACAACUCUCGGUGUGAAACCCGACGCAUCGCAAGCUGACAUCAAAAAGUCUUACUUCAAACUUGCGAAGGAAUACCAUCCAGACAAGAACUCGGAUCAUGGAGACAAAUUCAAGGAGAUCAGUUUCGCUUAUGAAGUUCUCUCUGACCCCGCCAAGAGACGUCUCUAUGAUGCUAGAGGUUUGGAAGGCGUUCAGGGUGGCGGCGGAGGCGGUGGUGGAGGAUUCCCCGGUGGUCUUUUCUCCCACUUCUUCGGACAAGGAGGAGACGAUGACGAUGACGACGACGAUAUGGGUGGACAUCCAUUCGGCGGACUAUUCGGAGGACUUGGUGGUCACCGAGGUGGCCCACGUCGGCGGAAGUUCCAAGACACCGUUCAUCCCCUUAAUGUAACCCUUGAAGAGCUUUACCUUGGAAAAACAUCCAAGCUGAAACUGUCCAAGAAAGCACUUUGUAAAACUUGUGAAGGAUCUGGAGGAAAGAAAGGAGAAAAGUACAAGUGUGACGGAUGUCGCGGACGAGGAGUCAAGACUAUUGUUCAACAAAUCGGCCCCGGAAUGCUUCAGCAGAUGCAGGUAGCCUGCGACGCUUGCAGAGGUACCGGUGGAAAGGUUCCUGCUGGUGACAAGUGCAAAGGAUGUAAUGGAGAUAAAUACGAGAAUGUUUCAAAAAUUUUGGAAGUGCACGUUCUUCCGGGUAUGCGGCAUGGUGAUAAGAUUACUUUCAAAUCAGAAGGCGACCAAGCUGAUCCCGACGGUGAACCAGGAGACGUUGUUAUUGUCGUUCAACAGAAGGAACAUGAUCUUUUCAAAAGAGAUGGAGACGAUCUUCAUAUUACCAGAAAACUCUCACUCAAUGAGGCUCUCUGCGGGUACAAUUUCCUCAUCAAGCACCUUGACGGACAUCCAUUGGUUCUUCGUAGCAAGCAAGGAGACAUCAUCAAACCAGGAACAGUACGAGGAGUUCUUGGAAAAGGAAUGCCAAAUAAGAAGUAUCCGGAGCUGAAAGGAAAUCUUUUCGUUGAAUUUGAUGUUGAAUUCCCGAAAGAUCAUUUCUUAGAUGAUGAAAAAGCUUAUAAUGUUCUACGCAGCUGUUUCCCGGCAACCAAAGUCAUCAAUGUUACGCCUGGAGCUGCCGAAGUUUCUGUAAUGGAAUAUGACGAAAAGAAGUACAGUCGAGGACGUGGAGGAGAUGCUUAUAAUGAAGACUCUGACGAAGAACAACAAGAAGGCCACCACGGACAAGGCGUUAGAUGCCAACACCAAUAG